UACGUGCUUACGUCACAGGGUUCCGGACGUAAAGCAAAAUAUUACACUGGGUGUAAACAUGUCAGUGUCACACAGGUAGAGCAGCGCAAAAAUGGUCUUCGAAAGCCUCGUUGUCGAUGUUCUCAACCGUUUUUUGGGCGACUACGUUGUCAACCUUGACAGCUCGCAGUUAAAGCUUGGAAUUUGGGGAGGCAAUGCUGUUUUAAAAAGUCUUGAAAUAAAAGAAAAUGCUUUGAGCGAACUUGAUAUUCCUUUUAAAGUGAAAGCUGGUCACAUAGGGCGCCUUGAGCUCAAGAUUCCAUGGAAAAACCUCUACACUCAGUCAGUGGAGGCCACACUGGAUGGCGUCUACUUACUUAUAGUUCCCACAGCCAGUAUAAAGUACGAUGCGGAAAAAGAGGAGAAGCAGCUACAAGAGGCUCGUCAGAGGGAGCUGCAGCGGAUAGAAGAUACAAAGAGAAAAGCUGCCGAGCAAGAGGAUCCUCAACAGGAGAAGCAGGACUCAUUCAUGGAGAAGCUUGUUACUCAGGUCAUCAAAAACCUGCAGGUUAAGAUCUCAAACAUCCAUGUUCGGUAUGAAGACAAUGUCACCAAUUCAAAAUGUCCUUUGUCUUUUGGGGUGUCGCUGAAAAACCUUAGCCUUCAGACUGCUGACAAGAACUGGAAACCGAGUCUCCUGGAUGAGAACUCAAGGCUUUUUUUUAAGUUGGUUAAACUGGAGAACUUGUUUGCUUACUGGAAUGUAAACUCAGUGCUUUUCUCCAGUCAAAGUGCAGAAGAGGCUUUGCGUUCUCUUGAAAACAGCAUGACAAUCCAGAAGUCUCCUACUGCUAACCAUGACUUUAUCAUUCGGCCUAUCUCGGCUGAUGCUAAACUGAAGAUGAAUCCCAGGUCAGAUGUGGAUUUUUCUUCUCCUAAAGUGGAUUUGAUUGUAAAUCUGAGUGAGGUAGCCAUCGAACUGAAUAAACCCCAGUACAUCAGCAUUUUGGAGCUGCUUGACUCUGUGGAUAUGAUGUCUCGGAAUCUGCCAUACAGGAAAUACAAACCUGUGGUCCAAGUUCACCAGAAUGCUGGCGCAUGGUGGAACUAUUGCAUCACAAGCAUACUUGAGGUCAACGUAAAACCCCAUCUUCACAUGUGGUCAUGGCAACACAUCCGCCGGCACCGGACAACUGUACAACGUUACAAAGACCUCUACAAGAUAAAAAUCACCAGCAAGAAGCCCAGUGACUAUCUUCUCAAGGAUCUAGAGAACACUGAAAAGGCCUUGGAUAUUUUCAACAUUACAUUGGCCAGACGGCAGGCUGAAGUAGAGGCAAGCAAGGCAGGGCUUCGGAUUUAUCGGCCAGGAGUGAAGAUGGAGGAAGAGGAGUCUCAGGGCUGGUUCAGUUGGGUGUGGAACUGGGGAGGAGAGGCUGAAUCAGAAACAAAAAUGACCAAUACUGGAGGCUUUGAUGGACUGUUAACGCCUGCAGAGAAAGCCAAACUCUACACUGCCAUUGGCUACAGCGAAACUGUUGCUAAUCCUAAUUUGCCCAAGAAUUUUGAAGACAUGAAAGUGAAUUUCCAUAUGGAGAGGCUGUGUGUAUCCAUUAAAGAUGAGAAGGACAAAAAUGAAGUGAUGAGGCUGACUGUCGGAGAGCUCAAGUCUACGCUCACCCAAAGACCUGGAGCACAAGCCAUCAAGAUCACAGCUGAGCUUAGUUUGUUUGAAGUGACUGGUUUGUCCAGUAACCGGCCUGCACCGACCCUCCUUUCAUCAAGGAGGGCAGCCACAAAAACAGGAUCGCCACUUCUCAGCAUUCUGUUUGAGACCAAUCCGCUGGAGGAAAGUGCUGACCAGAGAUUUCACGUCAAAUCUCAGCCUCUGGAAAUCAUCUAUGAUGCUUUAACAGUAAACGGUGUAUCAGCUUUCUUCAGACUUCCAGAUGAUGUGCAGCUUGAUGAGUUUACCAAGGCAACACUAAUGAAACUGGAGCAAUUUAAAGAUCGCACAGCCACAGGUUUACUGUAUGUGAUUGAAACACAGAAAGUCCUGGACCUGAAGGUAAACCUCAUGGCCUCCUACGUCAUCAUUCCACAGAGUGGCUUUUACGACGGAACACAAAACAUUUUGCUGUUGGAUCUUGGUCAUUUCAAGAUGGCCAGUCAGAGCAGAAAGAAUUUGCCACAGCUGAAUGCAUCUUCCAGUGACAUUGAAGCGAUCAUGUCCAGAGCUUACGACACCUUUGAUGUGCAGCUCAGCUCCCUUCAAUUCCUUUACAGCAAACCAGGUGGAGAUUGGAAAAAGGCCCGUAAACAAAGAGAAUCACCGCUCCACAUCCUGGAGCCUGUCGACGUGAAUGUGGAUUUUAGCAGAGCGAUGGUCGUCAAAGACUCUCGCAUGCCAAAAUAUAAAGUAUGCGGAAAACUUCCUCUACUGUCCCUCAAAAUUUCUGACAUUAAACUUCGAAGUGUUCUGGAGCUGGUUGAUAGUAUCCCCCUGCCUGAGAGCAAACCUGCUGCUCACAACACUGCUCCAUCUUCCUCUCAAAAACCAAAGAAGCCUUUUACCCCUCAGCUCACUUUCAAAAGACCUCCUCUCUUACCGGACCAGCGUUCUUCUCUUAUUUUUGAGUCAUGUGAGACCAUCAGCUUAACAUCAUUGGGGUCAGAGGAAGAUUUGUUCUAUGAUGCUCCCAGUUCUCCUGUUGGGGAUGACCCAUUCUUCCCAGACAAUCCCAUGCCGCUGCGCUUUGUUGAUUCAAGAAAUAGAAGAAGCUUAAUAAAAGAAGAUGCACAGAAGAACAUGACGGAGUUCUCCAUGACAUUUCUGAUACAUGAGUUCUCAGUCCAGCUUUGUCGAAUGUCUGAAGAAAAGGAAGUCACAGUUCUCCAUUUGGACAUUGAAGGUUUGGGUACUGAGCUGCAGUUACGCACUUUUGACAUGACAUCUAAAACAUUCCUGCAAGAGAUCUGCCUGACGUGUCCUGAAUAUGUGGAUCUGGAAAAGAAGAAAGUUCAGCUGAUCACCACUCUUGACAACUCUGAAGUUGACCUACUCAUCUUGGAAUAUGUCAAAGCUGAUAAAAAAGGCCCAGAAUUCAAGACUCUUCAUAAUAAUACAGAACAGCUGAUCGAGGUGAAAUUUUCAUCCCUGGAUGUGCAUCUCCAUACUGAGGCUCUCCUGAACACCAUUACCUUCCUCAGUAACCUCCUUCCUCCUUCAACUAAGAAGAACGAAGUGCUGGAGGUGGAGGGAGAGGAAGAAAAGGAGGAAGAGAAGAAAGAAGAAACUCUUGCAAAUAGAAAGAAAAGUUCAAAAAUGUCAAAGUUUGCAGAUGUUGUUAAUCUUCACAUCAAAGCGGAUCUGCGAUGCUUGAAAGUGUUCCUUCGAGGACAGAAAGCCAGGAUCUCGGAGAUCAGAGUUGAAGGUCUGGUUUCCGAGGUUCUAAUGAGGAAGAAGAUGAUGGAGGUUUUAGCCAAACUAAAGAACAUUGUAGUUUUAGACUGCAACAAAGAGGGCUUUUACAAGAAGGCAGUGUCUAUUGCAGACAAAGAAGUCUUUGACUUCCAUAUGUUAAAUUACACUGAUGCAACGGAAGGCGACUCCUAUCUGGACAUGUCUAAUGUUGAUACUGCUGUCACUCUGACAGUGGGAUGCAUUCAAGUCAUCUUUCUCAACAAGUUUCUGGACUCAGUACUGGCAUUCAUAAAUAAUUUCCACAUGGCCAAAGAAGCCCUAGCUGAGGUGACGGUCCAAGCCGCAGAAAAAGCAGCUUCAGGUGUGAAGGAGCUUUCUGAGCGCAGCACCCGGAUCGCUCUUGAUGUCCGCUUCAAUGCACCCGUCAUCUACCUUCCCCAGUCUUCUUCCUCUUCAAAUGUCAUUGUAGCUGAUCUUGGCAGACUGUGUGUCAAAAACCGAUUUAUCAAGCAGCCAUUCAAAAGUGACAGUAAGAUUCCACCCGUUGUGGAUAAAAUGACAGUGAAACUGACUGACCUCAAGAUGUACAGAACAACUCACACAAAUGGAAAUUUUCAGGGAGAAAGUCAACUUUUGAAACCUGUCUGCUUAGAUCUGGAAAUCCAGAGAAAUCUCUCAUCUAACUGGUACUACGGCAUCCCUGACAUACAGAUCUCUGCUCAUCUGAAGCCCAUGAGUCUGAUCCUCUGCCAGGAUGACAUGAUCGUGGUCUUGAGGACUCUUGGAGAGAACUUGUCGGAGAAGUCUGACGUAGUUCCACCUUUACCUGAUUUGCCCCCUACUAAGGAGUCACAGGACUCUGGAACCUCUGGAUCUACUAGCAGUAACACGGUGGUGACAGCUGCUGUUGUGGAGACCCAACAAGACAUGCAGCGCAAAACAACACUCAAGUUAGACUUCAAGUUUGACUCCAUGACAGUGGUCUUGUACAGCCCUAACAAGAAUGAAAUGGAAGUGUUGGAUCUUCAUCACGAGCAGCUGAAGCUGGCAGAGUUCACUCUGGGCACCAUCUCCACUUCUGUUGACAUGUUCUCCGACAGCUCCAUGAAAGCCUUUGUCCAACUCUCUGCCUGCCUGCUUGAUGACAAGAGACCAACUAUCAAGAUGGUCACCUCAAGAAUGGUGGCCAUGCGUCCUGGAGCAGAGCAGAACAUGAUGGUGAAGGUAAACUAUCGACAAGGGCGAGAUGGCACAACGAUUGACACAGUGGUUCAGGACAUCUACCUCUGUGCCAGCAUGGAGUUCCUCCUCACAGUGGCAGAUAUAUUUCUCCAAGCCACCCAUCAGGGGUUUGCUCAAGGGCCACAGGCCAAGAGCACAGCUGGUGCUAGAGAAAAAAAGAACAUUAACUCGUCUGUCGCCUCUAAAGACUCUGGAACGUCUCCAGUGUCAAAGACAGAGAUGAAUGUUGUGGUGCAAAACCCAGAGAUUGUAUUUGUGGCUGACCUGUCUCGAGCUGACGCCCCGGCCCUGGUGAUGACGACACACUGUGAAUUACUAAUGAAAAGUGGUGCAGAUGGGCAGUUGAUGACUGCAAUUAUCAAAGACCUACAGGUUAUGGCGUGUCCCUUUUUAACAUCAAAGAGGGAGAACAACAUGACCACUGUUCUGCAGCCUUGUCAAGUGUUUUUUCAAAGUUCUCAGCCUACAGAUGCACCUCAGGACAUGGAGGUCACCAUCAAAGCCCUCUCGCUGAAGGUAUCUCCUAUAAUCAUCAAUACAGUGAUUACUAUUCAGUCAGCUCUGACUCCUACGGCAGAGACACAUGAGGAGGAGCACAGCCCUGUUCCAGUAAAACUCUGGGAGAAGCAGAGCUGGAAAGAGCUCAAAAUGUGGUUUUUGGAAGAGGAAAGUGAUGAAGACACAAAAUCAUUGACUCCAUUGAUACCACAGGGAGAGUCCUUAAAGGUGACUAUAAAAUCCAUCUGUCUGACCCUGGAAGCUGGAGUGGGGCAUCGUACAGUUCCCAUGCUUCUAGCUAAGUCCUGCUUUGAUGGAAAUGUAAAGAACUGGACCACACUCAUAAACUUGAACAGCAAACUUGACUUGGAGGUUCACUACUACAAUGAGAUGAUGGGAGUGUGGGAGCCUCUUCUGGAGCCGCUGGAAGAUGAGACGGGAGAAGAUUUCAGACCAUGGACACUUGAACUUAAGAUGAAAAAGAAGCCAGUUAAAAAGAAAUCAAUUGAAAAUGAUCCAACGAGUUCCUCUGACACGGCGGAUGAGGUGGAUUUUAAUCUCCCAGAUUACAAGACAGUCAUCAUCGUCAACAGUAAAGACCAGCUCAACAUCACUCUAAGCAACUGUGGGCUGUCCAUGCUCAGUAAUCUAGGCAAAGCAUUUUCAGAGGCUGCCAAACAGACCGCAGAAUCCUUCCAAAAGGAUGAAGCUCCUUUUGUGGUCAAAAAUAUGCUCGGCCUGCCAGUUUCUGUCCAACUCAGCGAGAUGUUUCAUGUGCUUGGAAAGCAAACCACCAACAACACAGUGACACUGCAGAGCGAUGAAACCUUGAGGAUGGACUAUUCCUCCAGAACUGACUCUGACCAGUUCUCAGCCAUGAUCUCACUGAGUGAAAAAGAUUACUACAUACAGCCUACUCCCGUGGGCUACUCAUCUACCAGUGUGAUCCCUGUGGUUAAGGUGGGUCGGGGAAUGUACAGCGUGAGCCACAGAGACCCCACGGUUACCCGUUUCCUGGUCUGUCAGAUUUCCUCUGUGGAAGGAAGCAAACUUGUCAAAAUACGUUCUCCAUUCCAGAUUAUCAAUCAUUUCUCAAUUCCAUUUAAAGUUUUGGAGAAUUCUACUUGUCUGGGAAUUGCUCUACCUAAUGAGGAGUUCUGUGUGCCUCUGCAUUCAUACAGGUCCGUACUGAGUCUUCAGCCAGUAACUGAAGGGGGUUCUGGUCAGCAGAGAGAGGAGUUUGAGUGUUCUGAGGGGUUCAGCUAUGAAGAUGCCAGCAACCCUCACCUUCAGCAGACAUGCUGUCGCCAUGGAGAUCAGGGGGUUAAAAUAAUAGUCAACAUUGUGCCAGUGAAGGACACAGUGACAUUCAAAGACACAGGAGAUGCAGGAGAGAACUAUGACGUUCCUUUUGUGCUUCACCUGUGGCCUUCCGUCCUGCUUCACAAUCAGCUGCCCUACCAUAUCACCUACAGGCUGAAGGAAACUGGCGUUUCUGCCCCAGAAGCUACUCUGAAACCAGGUCACUCCACUCAGCUUCACACUGCUGUCAUCAACCAGUCAAAACUGGAACUACGCCUUAUAGACUACUUGUCUCAGGAUUGGUCCUCUGAAUACAGUAUCAGCAAUAACCAGGAGGAGAUCUCCUUCAUCGUGUUCCAGUCGCUUAAAGAGGAAGAAGAGUAUGUGGAAGGGACAGAGAGGAAGAAGGCUGAGUUGGACAUAGCAGUGCAUGUAAAGGAUGAUUCUGGACACACAACCAUUGCAAUCCAUUCCCCAUACUGGAUGAUGAAUAAGACGGGCCGAUUGCUGCAGUACAAAGCUGAUGAUAUUCAUCAUAAACACGCAUUCACCAAGAACAACGACAUGCCCCUGCUCUUCUCCUUCAAGCCUCGACACUUCCUGCGAAACAAUAAGAUUCGUCUUAUGAUCUCAGAAAGUGAUCUGUCAGAUGAGUUCUCCCUGGACACAGUUGGUAGCCAUGGAAAGGUGAAAUGUAAAGGCAUACACAAGGAUUACCUGGUUGGUGUGAAGAUCAAUGCCAGCAGUUUCAGUCUUACCCGCAUUGUGACCUUUGUGCCUUUUUACAUGCUGGUCAACAAAACCAAGUACUGUAUCUUUAUUUGUGAGGAUGAACGAGACAACUGGACAGAGAUGAAAUCAGAACAGACAUGGAUAGUACGAUAUGCAUCCAGUCAUGAUGGUAGACAACCUCACCAGUGUCGGUUGUCUCGGAAAGGAAAAAGGGGGACACUAUUUACAUCAGAGAAGUGUCAGUCAAAGUCAGCCAUCCCAUUCUGGCCUGAGAAUGGUACGAAGAAGCUAAAGAUCAAAGUGGACGGUUGUUUGGGUCCUCCGCUUAAAGUUGACUUCACAAGACAAGAGAACUCCCUGCUGCUGCAUCUGGAUGACUCUUUGGGCGGUAUCAUUGUGGACGUGAAUUUGUCGGAACACACGGUCACAAUCCAGUUCUCAGAAUAUCGGGACGGUUCAGCCCCCUUUCUUAUCAUCAACCAUACCAGCAAUCAAACCCUUUACUUCCACCAAAGCACCAGGACAAAUACCUCGUGGGUGGCUGACGAGGUGCUCGACCUUUCCUUCUCAGUGGAGGAGGACAGCUCUCAGAAAGAGAUCGAGGAGGAGGAGCUGGAGGCAGGGAAAGCUGUGUACUACACCUGGACUGAUCCCUCUGGUUCCCGUGAACUUAGCUGGACAUGGGGCCCUUACAGUGGAGCUCUGAAGAGUGAAGAGGACCUGCAUGAAAACAUCAAAAAGGAGGGGAGACUUUUUGUGAUUUCCUUUUUUGAAGGUCUCCAGCGUGUUGUGGUGUUCUCUGAGGAUCAGAGCAUCUACAGUCUGCUGUGUGAGAGUGAGAAAAUGCAGGCAGCAGAGCAAGAAAUCAUCCUGCUGCUGCAGAACGUGGGCAUUUCUCUGGUCAACAACUCCACCAGCCAGGAGGUUUCCUACAUUGGCAUCACCUGUUCUGAUGUGGUGUGGGAGUUCCAACCCAAGAAGAAGAAGCGCUGGAAACUUUUAAACACUAAAGAAGGAGACAUGCUAGAAAAGUUCUUCAAAGAUUACCAAAGUUCUGGUCAAGUUGAGGAUGCAGAGGUGGAACUGGAAAAUAACUACAAGGUCCGCUUCACAAGCAAUGGCAAGAACAUGCGUAUGCUGGAGCCGUGUGAUGCUCCUCUGAGGAGACACUUUCUGCCAGGGAUAAAGGUGGAGUACAGCAUCUCGUCACGCCAGAGUACCUACCGUGUGAAAAUCCAUCGCAUACAGAUUCAGAAUCAGAUGCAGAGUGCCAUCUUCCCUUACGUCUUCUGUCCUGUGAAGCUGCCAAAGUCCAUCACAAUGGACUCAGAACCGAAACCUCUAAUUGACAUAUGCAUUGUUACCAGGGCAGCAGGACACUCCGAUAUUCCUCGCAUUAAGUACUUCAAGGUUUUGAUUCAAGAGAUGGACUUGAAACUUGAUCUGGGUUUCCUGUAUUCCAUUUUUGACUUGGUCAACCCUGAAAACACCAGCGGCAUGAGUCCAGAACAGGAGGUGGAACUGUUUGAGAAGGACAUAGAGUAUAUAAAAACAGAACUAAACGACGUAUCUGCUGCUGAUACGUCUCCCAUCAGCCUCUACGAGUUCUUCCACAUUUCACCCAUCAAGCUGCAUUUUAGUUUUUCUCUGAGCACGGGAGGAGAAGAUGGUUUGAAAGAGAAAAGAGCCACAGAAGUCAUUCCUGUUCAGUCCCUCAACCUCCUGCUGAAGAGUAUUGGAGCCACUCUCACUGAUGUGCAGGACGUCGUCUUUAAGCUGCCUGCAUUUGAGCUGAAAUUCCAGUUUUGUACAACUCAGCAGCUGCAGUGGAAAGUCAUCAGACAUUAUUCCAAACAGGCUAUCAAACAGGCGUAUGUACUUGUGUUGGGCCUGGACGUGCUUGGAAACCCCUUUGCACUGAUCAGAGGACUGUCCGAGGGUGUGGAGGCCUUCUUUUAUGAACCCUACCAGGGAGCCAUCCAGGGCCCUGAGGAGUUUGUUGAAGGAAUGGCUCUUGGUGCCAAAGUUUUUGUUGACAAAGCUGUGGGGGGUAUAGCAGGUGCAGCCUCCAAGAUGACAGGUGCCAUAUCCAAAGGCAUUGCUGCCAUCACCAUGGAUGAAGAUUAUCAGCAAAAGAGACGAGAAGCCAUCAACAGACAACCCAGUGGGCUGAAAGAGGGUCUGACCCGAGGGGGAAAAGGACUGGUUUCUGGAUUUGUCAGCGGCAUCACAGGGAUCAUUACCAAACCCGUUAAAGGAGCCCAGAAGGACGGGGCUGUGGGGUUCUUCAAAGGCUGCGGCCAAGGUCUGGUUGGCGCCAUCGCUCGACCUACAGGAGGCAUCAUCGACAUGGCCAGCAGCACCUUCCAAGGGAUCAAGAGGGCAGCAGAAACUUCCCAGAAUGUGGAGUCUCUGCGCCCACCUCGUUUCAUUCACGAGGACGGCGUCAUACGGCCAUACAAAGCCAGAGAGGCCAACGGGAGCCAGAUGCUCCAGUGGCGAUUGGCCUUCAGUGAAUGGAGUAGAGCUGACUCAGAUGAUGAGGAUGAUGAGUACAGAAGUUAGAAGUGAUGUAGUGUAGAGCAGUUGCUCUUUUGUCUCCUAGCUUGUGCUAGAGUUUUGUGCUUUUUUUUUAUUUCUAACGUGAAGGAUUUAAGGGAAAUUCAAGAUUUUUAUCUUUGAAGUAGCUCAUUCAUAUUUCCUGUUUUGUUUUUGUUGCCUCUCUGUGUUUUCUUUCAAUCAUAUAUAUUGUUUGUCCCAUUUGUAUUUCAUUAUCUCAUCAUUUUGUUUCCAAUAAAGUUUUUACCAUAAAUACAUCUUCUUCCAUUUUGUUUCAUCCCACCUUUCCUCUCCAUCACACAGUUGUUAACUUCAUGUUUUAAAAAAAAAAAAAAGUUGGUUCCAGUGUUUGGUUUUUCCUAAAACCCCUCUUUGACCGUCUGUCACUGACUUUCUUC